AUGAAGAAGAAGACCUUGCAGCAAGAGCUUGAGGAUUUAAAGGUGGCCCACCUCCUCAGCCGGGAAGCAUUUGUAGCUGGAAUACAGGCUGAGAGAAAGAAAACUGAGGCUGUCCAAGAAGAACUGGACCAACUCCAGACUUCCUACAAGGAGCUGCGAUGUAAGUAUGAAGCAGACAUUUCUCUGGUGAGGCAGGAGGUGAAACGUGAGAAAGACGCCAACAUAGAAAGAGAGAAAGAGAAUCUGAAGCUCGUCAACAACCUGAGAGCUGAGAAGGAGGAGCUCUUCCAGAAAAUGGGAAGAGAGAUUAUAAUUCUGAGAAAGAGAGAGAAGCAGAUGCUAAAGAAAUUGGAUCAGGUUCAUGUUUCGCACAAGGAGCUAAAAGGUAGGUUUGAAACAGACAAUAUGGAUUUAAAGCAGCAGGUUGAAACCUACCAGAAGCAAAUAAAGCAGGAAAGAAAAGCACAUCUGGAGAAAUCCGAGAAGGACAAGGCGAGUCUGGACAAAAUGAGAGCUGAGUUUGCCGUCCUCCAACAAAACGCAACAACAGAAAUUCAAAUCCUUCAAGACAAGGAAAGCAGUGCCCAGGCUGAGCUGGAGAAGGUCAACGACCUGAGGAAGAUGAUAUACAACAAAAACACAUCACAGAUUCCCAAGAUGAGGAGGAAGAUUCACAGAGCCAAGUGGAUCCGGUCAAAGUCUUUAGGCAAGAGGUUUCUUCAGAGGAGAAACUCUCAGGAGAAACUUUAUCAGGUUGUUCCAAUGAUCCGGAAUCCUCAGAAGAGACAGAGAUCACUGGAGAAACAGUCCUGGAGGAUUUGGACAAUCCGGAUACUAAAAUCAUGCAGGAUGGGUCACAGUACGAGUGAUCAGACUCUGAUCCGGAUCCUGGUGAGCCACUCCGAGGUCGACCUGCAGAAGGUCGUAGAGGAGAACCGGGCAAUGUUUGAGAGAACCCUACAUGAGGACAUCUUGAGCGACACCAAAGGACAUUAUCAGAAAGUCCUGCUUGCGUUGUGCGGACCGAGUUAAAACCUCGGCCUCUGAGGAAGCAAAAAAUCAGUCAAAUUCAUGCUCUAAUAAAGUUUCUCUUUCCACUAUUUGUUUUACUGCUGCUGGUGGAAAAAAUACAAGAAAAAAAAUACAAGAAGAAUGAAAAAGUUUGCUUGUUUAUUGUUUGAAUUUGAGAUUAUAUCUGGAAAUUGUGUUUAAAUGGAGACGUGUCUGAUCCAACAUGCCUGCAGGAAGGACAUUUUAUGGCUAAUACUGAGAUUAACUGACACAAAUUCAAUAAAAAUACCUUUUUGAUUCCAAAGGAAAAUUAAAUGUUUUAACUGAUAUUAUCCAAGGUUCUUCUU